UUUAAAAGCCCAAUCACAUAGUCUCCGCCGAGUCAGCUGAAUUGCAAAAGGCGAUCAAAAUGAAAAAAGUGGUGUUGGUCACCGGCGCGUCAGGCUAUUUAGGCGGGAGGCUCUGCCACGCGCUUCUCAACCAAGGCUACUGCGUUAAGGCUUUCGUCCGCAAAACCAGCGAUCUCUCCUCAUUGCCUCCGCCCACCGGCGCCGCCUCAACCGGCGGCGGAACUCUCCAGUAUGUGUACGGCGAUGUCACCGACUACCAGUCCCUCCUAGAAGCUUUCUCCGGCUGCCACGUCAUCUUCCACGCUGCUGCCCUAGUCGAGCCAUGGAUUCCUGAUCCCUCGAGAUUCACUACAGUUAAUGUAGGGGGUCUGAGGAACGUAUUGAAUGCCUAUAAGGAGACGAACACAAUCGAGAAGAUCAUUCACACGUCGUCGUUUUUCGCAUUGGGAUCCACUGAUGGGCAUAUCGGCGAUGAAACUCAAGUGCAUUCUGCCAAGUAUUUCUGCACUGAAUACGAGAAAUCGAAGGCUGUAGCCGAUAAGAUUGCGUUAGAAGCUGCAGCCGAGGGAGUGCCUAUAGUUCCAGUUUACCCUGGAGUUAUAUAUGGUCCCGGCAAAGUCACAACUGGAAAUAUGGUGGCACUUUUGCUUGUGGAGCGGUUUAAUUACCGGCUUCCAGGUUACAUGGGCGAAGAAAAGGGGUUCUCGUUCAGCCAUGUGGAUGAUGUGGUGCAGGGGCACAUUGCAGCACUUGACAAAGGUCGGCCGGGUGAAAGGUAUCUUCUUACAGGUGAAAACGCAUCUUUUAAGGAUGUUUUUGAUAUAGCUGCAACGAUCACUCAGACAGCUAAGCCUCGGUUCCGCAUCCCGCUUUUUCUUAUCGAAGUAUAUGGAUGGUUGUCUGUUCUUUUCGCCAGAAUCACAGGGAAGCUUCCCCUUCUCAGUCCCCCGACAGCGAAUGUUCUCAGGCAUCAGUGGGCUUACAAUUGCGACAAGGCUAAGACAGAGCUCGGUUACAAUCCCAGAAGUUUGAAAGAAGGUCUGACAGAGAUGCUUCCAUGGCUAAAGAGCUCGGGCUUGAUUAAAUAUUAGGACAUUCUCUUGGCCACAUGUCCAUAUGAGUAUUAGCGGUUUACAAAUACUCCACGUUGUCGACUUUGCGAAUACGGCGCCGGUAAAGGAUAUGUCAAACCCUCAACUAAAUCGUGUGGGCGAUUUGAAAUCUUCGAUUAUUUAACAAAGCUUAAAAUGUUCGUUAUUACAUAUAUGAUAAUAAAAGGUUGCGUUAGAUAUGUAUUCAUGUAUUACAAUCGAUUUGUUGUCGGCAGUACAGUUUUUUGUAUGAAAUGCGCCCUCGAAAUGAAUUUGAAAAAAAUUGAAUUUUGUGACAAA